UGGACGCUGUCUGGACGCUGUCUGGACGCUGUCUGGACGCUGUCUGGACGCUGUCUGGACGCUGUCUGGACCCAUGUGCCACUGUCUGGACGCUGUCUGGACGCCGUCUGGACGCUGUCUGGACGCUGUCUGGACACUGUCUGGACGCUGUCUGGACAGGCUCAGGAC